ACACGGAAGUAGCUCUCGCGAGUAUAGCUACUUCCGCCUUUAGCCGCCUCUCCGGAUACUGAGAAAUGACGGCAACUUUGCGCCCUUAUCUCAAUGCAGUGCGUGCCACACUGCAGGCCGCCCUCUGCCUGGAGAAUUUCUCCUCACAAGUGGUGGAGAGACACAACAAGCCAGAGGUAGAGGUCAGGAGUAGUAAAGAGUUGCUCCUCCAACCUGUAAUCAUCAGUCGCAAUGACAAGGAGAAGGUUCUGAUUGAGGGCUCCAUCAACUCCGUCAGAGUCAGCAUCGCCGUCAAGCAGGCCGAUGAGAUCGAGAAGAUUCUGUGCCACAAGUUCAUGCGUUUCAUGAUGAUGAGAGCAGAGAACUUCUUCAUCCUGAGGAGGAAACCAGUUGAGGGGUAUGACAUCAGCUUUCUCAUCACCAACUUCCACACAGAGCAGAUGUACAAGCAUAAACUAGUGGACUUUGUCAUUCAUUUUAUGGAGGAAAUUGACAAAGAGAUCAGUGAAAUGAAGCUGUCGGUCAACGCCAGGGCUCGUAUAGUCGCCGAGGAGUUCCUCAAAAAUUUCUGAGAGAGAGAUACACAAAGAAAUCUUAGGAAAACAUUCCUUUUGCAAUCUUGGCCGCUGCUGUGGAGCGUUCACCUCACAGGACGGAGAGGAGGCAAAAUGUGAUCGGCCCAGAGAAGCUGGUGAAACAUAAGAUGUACAGUAAAGAUGUACAGGCCAAUGGGGUUUUAACCCUUUAACCUUUAAAUUCCCCUGUGCUCAAAAAUAUUGAUGUUUGUACAUAAUUGAUAUCCACACCAGACAUGAAUCUCUGCCUCUGGAAUAUUAGAAAUCAGGGCAGGUCCUUAAAAAAAGAUAUUUAUCAAUGUUAGUGAGCACAGGAUAAUAGAUUUCUUUUUCCACAUAAUUUAAAUGUUUUUUUAAAUACAUAAAUAUAUAUAUAAAUAUUAUAUGCACAUGAAUUUAAUUUUUGUUACACCAGUUAAUAAACCAUGAAGGCAAUUAAUUAGCGCGAGAACACAGAAGACCCUAUUGUAAAUGAGACACAGGAUCAUACAUAUACUUACUGGCAGUGAUAAGGAAUAAAAACAUUAUACUUUG